UAAUUUAGGACCAAUAAAAAUCAUUCACAUCCUGAAGCAGUGAAAAAUAAAAAUUCUCAAGAGUUCUCCUAAAGCAUCGUCUUCCCAAAUCAAUACCACAAUGGGUUUUCAUUUGCCUGGUAUCAGAAAGGCAUUGUUUGCAGUGAAUCAAGCAUCUUCAAAAGCCAUUCAUGUGCCAAAGGGCUAUCUUGAAGUAUAUGUCGGAGAGAACAUGAAGCGGUUUGUGAUCCCUGUGUCAUACUUGAACCAACCUUCCUUCCAAGACUUGUUGAGUCAAGCUGAGGAAGAAUUUGGGUAUGAUCAUCCCAUGGGUGGCCUUGCAAUUCCUUGCAGCGAAGAUGUUUUCCAAUGUAUAACUUCUUGCUUGAAUUGACAAUAAAUCUCACACUUUAGGAGACUGACAUAGAUUAGGGUAGACAUUUUGUACUGUAGGCGUCUUCUCAACUUGUAAAGAUCUCUCUUUCUCGAGUAAGAGAAAAGAAACAGAAUAACAAUAUCAAAUAAUAUUAUAUUUUUGUGAGUGAUGACAAUGAAUUCAUCUACUCAAGCAA